CUAUAAUUUACUUGGUCAUGCUAUUAAGCAAAACAGUCGCUCUCACUUGACCAUGGGCGUGACAAUGAAAGCAUUGCUCCUCAUUGGAGCUUGUCUUGUAUCCUUGGUGGUGGGUGAAGAGGAGAAGGCCUACCAUGGCUUUCAAGUACUUCGAGUCACUGUGGAUAAUACGGAACACCUGAGAAUCGUCCGAAGUCUAGAGCAAACCAAUCAGUAUGACUUUUGGUCCGAGGCCAGGAUUGGCUUCACUGACAUCAUGGCUGCCCCAACGAAGGUCAUUCACCUUCAACAUGAGUUGGAGCACUUUGGCUUGGAAUACUCAGUCAUGGUGGAGGAUGUGCAACAUCUUAUCCAGACUGAGCAGAUCUAUUCCGAGGCUCAUCUUGAAGCCAAGAAAAACUUCAGAUUGGCCUAUGAUAUGGAUUGGGAGGACUAUCAUUCCCUUGCGACCAUUUAUGAGUACUUGGACUAUCUGGAAGAGAAUUUCGAUGACGUGUCCACUGAGGUGAUUGGACAGUCCUAUGAGAAGCGCGACACUCGCAUUAUCAGUAUCUGUCGAGGUGGUUGUGGCAACAAACCCGCCAUGUGGAUUGACGGUGGUAUCCACGCCCGUGAAUGGAUCUCCCCCGCAACUGUCACCUACCUCAUCAAGCAGCUCACGGAAGAUAUGACAGCCGAAAACGAGGACCUCCUGGAGAACUUGGAUUGGUACAUUCUUCCCGUGGCCAACCCCGAUGGUUACGAGUUCACUCGUGCGUCUGAUCGACUCUGGAGAAAGACCAGGUCAGAGUACAGCGGCAACUUGUGCAAGGGAACCGACCCCAACCGAAACUUUGGCUUCCAUUGGAACGAGGGUGGCUCCAGUGACAGCAGUUGCUCUGAGGCCUACCAUGGGCCCGAGGCCUUUUCCGAGAUUGAGACGGCCAACAUCCGUGACUUCCUUCUGGCUCACAAAGAUAAUGUGAAGUUCUACAACAACGUCCAUUCGUACGGACAGAUGGUACUUCUUCCCUAUGGAUUCGCUGAGAACUCCAAACCCGAUGUUUACGAUGAUCUGCUCUCUCUUGGCAACCAGAUGGCGGAUACCAUUGCUAGUGUGCAUGGAACUCAAUUCGACGUGGACCUCAUUCCCAACCUAGUGGGAGUGGCAUCCGGUGGCACUGUUGAUUGGACUCUAGGCGUGGCUGGAAUCAAGUACAGCUACGGCACUGAAUUGCGUGACACUGGUUCCUACGGUUUCCUUUUGCCAGCUAGCCAAAUUAUCGCCACGGGCGAAGAGAAUUGGGCCAUGUGGCAAUUCGUGGGCCGAUCAAUCGUCUCUGAGUUUGGAAAGAAACAUUAAACUAAAAGCUUUUCAAUGUC